GGAACAUCUGAGGCAAGCAAACGAACAGAGCUUGCUUACACUGAUCGGAAAAAAAAACACCAGCCCAAAAUUGACGCGUACAACAGACGAUUGUUCGAAAUCAACCUAGUUUACAAUGUCAGAAGACAUAAAGAAGUUCAGUCCAUUCGACAAAGGCAUCAAAUUGGUGUCAAAACCAAGCGAUCUCGAUGAAUAUGAUGAUGACCCCAGUGUUUUAAGGGCUCAGCUGUCCUGCGGUCAUGUCAUUGAUCCAGAGACACUGACUGAUUGUUGCAGAGCUCAACUGAAAGAUGGACAGGCUGAAUUCAGAUGUCCCUUGUGCAGGAAAGAAUGGCCAUAUAAUGAAGUGCGCAAAUUGGCAAAACUUACAAUUGAUGAGCAGUCUAGUUUUGAGGAGAGGCUUGGGACAAACACUGUUAAGAAGUUAUUGGACUUAAGGGAUUGUCCUGGUUGCAGCACUUUAAUAGAAAGAUCGGAUGAUUCCAAUCUCUGCGUGGAGUGCUCAGUUUGCACGGUGAAAACUGGACGAAUCUUUGAAUUCUGCUGGCAGUGUGAGAGAGAGUGGAAAGGGCCUAGGCCUCGUCUUGAUCAAUGCAGUAAUGUGGGAUGUAGACGCGCUGACCAGGAGCUGCUGAGGGGCUGUGAUAUGAUUACUUUCACAUCAGUUGUGUAUAAGGGGUCCAGUGUUCAUGUCCAGUGUCCAGCAAUCCGUGCUUGUCCAUUUUGUGGCGUGUUGAUAGAACACAAUAAGGGAUGUAAAAUAAUGUCAUGUCGUAAUUGUAAGAAGCAGUUUUGCUUUGCUUGUUUAAAAUCUGCCUAUGACUGCUUAAAAACUUCUACUCAUUUCAUUUCAUGCUCAGCCGGUGUCGCACCGAGACAAACUGAUUAAGCAGAUGUUAAAGCAGAAGCAGCUUUAAAGUUAAGAAGAGGAAGAGUUUAGAAAGCUAAUUGAUUACAUAUCUUUUUUCUGUAUAUUCAAGAUUUUAAUAAAGUGUAAGUAGCACACAGCAUUGUUAUGUCCAUAAUCAUCAAUUUUCUAAGUUCCUCAUAAAGAUACUCAUUAUGUCAUUUUUGGACCACCACCAAAUUAUACCUGAACUUUAUGUAUUACCAUGCUUACAAUCUGAUUUUAAUAUUACUCAGUAAUUAAUGUCCAUGCAUGUAUACUUUACUAUUAUUUUAAAUAAAAUGCAUUUUGCUUUAAUCCUUUA